UAUGCAUAAAUAUUACAUGGGCUGUAAAGAAAUCAGAGGAGAGGAAAGAAAGAGGGAAAGGAGAAAACACAAGGAUAAAGAAGAUAAUAGCACUAAUGGCAUAGUGGUUAUGGUUUGGGGUUUAUUUUCUGCAGCUGUAGGCAAUAAAAUUAAAACGGUCCGUGGCGACUCCAAGUUAAAAAGAGACAACGAGGUCGUUGAAGAGACGAGUUCUAGCUGUGCCAUGACGAUCGCUGAUUCCGGUUGUUUGAUGGAAAAUGGAGGGAGUUGCCUGCCGUGCACGCCCGAGGAGGAGAAACAGAUUGUCAAGGAGUUGAUCGAUGAAGCCGAGCUUGAUUUGAAGGAAGGCAACUUGUACUACGUUGUUUCCGCCAGGUGGUACGCAAGUUGGGAGAAGUAUGUUGGGCAGGGUAGUGAUGAUCUCUUGGUUGAUGGGCAGUCUCCUGAUUCUCAAGAUUUUCAUGUUGCUCCUUCAGGAAUGGCUGAUAGACCUGGUCCUAUAAACAACUCCGAAAUAGUUGAAAAUGGAAGUGGUGGUGAGAGUGAUGAUCUAGAGCUUGCUAGAACAUUGCUGGAAGGUAGGGACUAUGUUUUGGUUCCCCAAAAAGUUUGGGAAAAGCUUGUACAAUGGUACAAGGGAGGACCAGCAUUGCCAAGAAAGAUGAUUUCACAGGGUGCUUUUAACAAAAAACAGUUCAACGUGGAGGUUUUUCCACUCAGUCUUAAAGUAAUUGAUUCCAGGGAUGACUGUGAAUUCACUAUCAGGUUAAGCAAAAAGGCUUCUCUCCAUGAGCUUUAUGAGAGGGUUUGUACACUUAGAGGAAUAGAGCGAGAUAAGACCAUCAUAUGGGACUACUUUAAUAAGCACAAGAACUCACGGUUGGUUGAUUCAAAUCGUACCCUGGAAGAAUCAAAUUUGCAAAUGGACCAAGAGAUUCUUCUGGAGCUGCAAGUUGGUGUCCCUUAUCCUUCACAAUCUGGAAAAGAUUCGACGGGAAAUGAGUUGGCUUUGGUAACCAUGGAACCUUCAAGGACCUCACUGUCGAUUGCAGGGGGGCCUUCAUUGUCAAAUGGUCAUUCAAGUACUUAUAGCUUGAAUUUAAGGCCAGGAAGUGCUUUAAACGCAGGAUUCACAGAUAUUGAUCUUGGAUUUGGUGCUCAGACUGCUGUUAGGAGGGGUGAGAGGGGAGGGUUGGCAGGAUUACAGAAUAUGGGAAAUACUUGCUUUAUGAACAGUGCUCUUCAGUGCUUGGUUCACACUCCCCCACUUGCUGAGUAUUUCUUGCAAGAUUACUCUGAGGAGAUCAACACUGAAAAUCCUUUAGGAAUGCAUGGUGAACUUGCACUUGCAUUUGGUGAUUUGUUGAGGAAACUGUGGUCCUCAGGGAGAUCUACAAUUGCACCACGUGCAUUUAAGGGGAAACUUGCUCUUUUUGCUCCACAAUUCAGUGGUUAUAAUCAGCACGAUUCUCAAGAACUUCUUGCCUUUUUACUGGAUGGGCUUCAUGAAGAUCUGAAUCGUGUCAAGCAGAAACCUUACAUUGAAAUGAAAGAUUGGGAUGGUCGUCCAGAUGAGGAGGUUGCAGACGAGUGUUGGAGAAAUCACAAGGCUCGAAAUGAUUCUGUAAUUGUGGAUGUUUGCCAGGGUCAAUAUAAGUCGACACUGGUCUGCCCAGUUUGCAGCAAAAUUUCAAUUACUUUUGACCCCUUUAUGUAUUUGUCACUGCCGCUACCUUCCACUGUCACUCGUUCAAUGACAGUAACAGUGUUUUAUGGAGAUGGAAGUGGUCUUCCAAUGCCAUAUACUGUCUCUGUACUAAAAAAUGGUCAUUGUAGAGAUCUUAUUCAGGCAUUGGUUGCUGCGUGUUGCUUGAGAAGUGAUGAAAGUCUUCUGCUUGCAGAAGUCUAUGAUCACAGGAUUUAUCGUCUAUUUGAAAAUCCUUUUGAAUCAUUGACUUCUAUAAAAGAUGAAGAAUAUAUUGUUGCAUACCGGCUUUCUCAGAAGGGAAUAGGAAAAAGGAAACUGGAAAUUGUUCACCAGGAAAGGUCUGCACCAGACUUUGUGAAAGGCAGUGGAUUCAAAGAUUUUGGAGCACCUCUGGUUACUUACUUGGACGAUGACCCGCCAAGUGGAGCUGAUAUUGAGUUGGCGGCUUCUAGACUUCUCUCACCCUUGAUUAGAACAUGCUCAUCUAAUGCAGUUCAUUGUGGAAAGGAAAAUGGUUUUCUUUCAGAAUCUAAUGGUGAAACAUCAAAUUGCUGCAACGGUCAUGCUGAAUUAGGAGACCGGUCAAUGGACACUAUGGAACUAGAGGACACAUCUGGCCAAGAGUUAUCAUUCCAGCUCUUUCUAACAGAUGAUCGGUAUUCAAGUCGCAAACCGAUAUUCAAGGAUUCUGUCAUCAAAACUGGAGCAAAUCAUAUAAAGGUUUUCCUAGAGUGGACUGAAAAUGAACACAAGUUAUAUGAUCCUAGCUAUAUGAAGGAUCUCCCAGUUGUUUAUCAUAAAACUGGGUUUACUGCGAAGAAGACCCGGCAGGAAGGUGUCUCUUUAUUUUCAUGUUUGGAGGCAUUCUUGACCGAAGAACCGCUGGGGCCUGAUGACAUGUGGUACUGCCCUGGUUGCAAACAACAUAGACAAGCCACCAAGAAACUAGAUUUGUGGACAUUGCCUGAGAUUCUUGUUUUUCACUUGAAACGGUUCUCAUACAGCAGAUACCUGAAGAACAAACUUGAUACUUUUGUGGAUUUCCCUAUUCAUAAUCUUGAUUUGAGCAAAUUUGUGAAGCGGAAAGAUGGGAAAUCAUAUGUAUAUGAACUCUAUGCCAUCAGCAACCAUUACGGUGGUCUAGGUGGUGGGCACUAUACAGCUUUUGCGAAGUUGAUCGAUGAUAAAAGAUGGUACAAUUUUGACGACAGCCGAGUUUCUCCAGUUAACGAGGCUGAUAUCAAGACUUCAGCUGCUUAUGUGUUGUUCUACCAAAGAGUUGAAACAGCAACAAAGGUGGGAUUGGGAGAGACAUCACAGGGUAAUACUGUUUCUUGAGAGGCUAAUAAUGUCUGUGUCCUACUGUUUGGUCUCGUGGGAGUUUAGGCCUUCGUUCACCAAAGUCCAAGCUGACAGUGGUAGCCAGCUUUGCAAAGAUCUCAUCCUGUACAAGCCUCACAAAGGUAUAGAUGAAUUUGUACAUGCAUAAAGGAGCAGGUGGACGAGGAACAGCUAGCUAAAGUUAUAUUUUAUUAAUUCUUUCUUGAGAAUCUAGGCUUAAGUAAUGUCAGGCUGCAUUAUAAAUCCCUAGUUUUAACUUUUUGCAAAAUGAUUCGGUUUAAAAAGCUACCAUGCUUUGAUUUCUCUCAACCUCUUAGGAUCAUUUCAGCACGAGAGUUGUGCAAACUGAACGAAGGAUGGCCGCAUGUAAUAACCCUUGCUGGUGUUGGCGUACUUACCAUUAUUAUUUUCUUUUACUUGUUAAGAUUGAUUAUGUGAAAUGUAUUUUUCAUAUCCAGCCUAUAAAUUUUGCGACUAGUGCAAGUGAAAAAA